GUUGCUCAAGUUUGCCUUAAAAACGAAGUGCUAUGACACUACACAUAGGAAAAAACCCGAUGGAAAUCAAGUGAUAAUUAUUUCAGUGGAAGUUUGUGAAUGGUAGAAGACGUUGAGAGUUCAAAUCACAGUCUGCGCUUAAUCGACAAUAUUUCAAAACACUUAAAUUAUGUCCCUUGAAAAUAUAUUUAAAAUUAUUUAAAAUACAGUUGACUUUUCACUGUACAGAAUCGCGUGUUGGACGCAUUUAGACGGGGACACGUCUGAAUACCUGAGAAUAAGCCUAUUUAAGAAUUUCACCUCAGUUAUCAUGACGGAUAUAGAAAUAGAUGUGGAGAGCCUACAAACUGAAAAUGACCAAGUGGAAGUCAACUUCUCUGAAUUAGAGGACAACAAAACAAUUAAAAUUGAUGAUCAAAGGACAGAUGAGAAUAUGCGUUUAUCAGGGGACCCUAAGAAGCUGGGUCGCACCCCGAAAUGUGCCCGGUGCCGAAAUCACGGAGUUGUCUCUUCACUGAAAGGCCACAAACGAUUUUGUCGGUGGCGAGACUGCCAAUGUGCUAAUUGCUUCUUGGUGGUGGAGAGACAGCGCGUAAUGGCUGCGCAAGUAGCGCUCAGGAGGCAGCAGGCCACAGAGGAUAAGAAAGGCAUUUCACGAAAACAAACAACGCCUGAAAACAGGACAAUGUUUCAUUUUCAGCCAAUGAACACAUUGUCCAAAAGUAUCCUCGAAGUAGGAUAUCACCCUGUUCAAACAAGCUCUUAUUUAGAAGGAAGCCAAUUUUUGCCUCUUCUAAGCGACCGUAUGAGGAAAAGGAGGGCUUUUGCUGAUAAGGAGCUAGAGGCUAUCAUGAUGCAGCGAGAACACAAAGAACAAGAGAUGUUGGAGUCCACGCAGAAGCCAAGUUCUUCCUUCUUUCUCAGUGGCAUUAGUCAAGCAGGGGCCUUCGGUUCCCACAGGACAGAAUAUGCAUCCCCACGAUUGGAACUUCUCCCCAGUGAUAUCUGCAAUGUUCUCCCACGAUGCCUGGACCUUUCUCUGCAGUAUGGGAGACCUGGGAACAUGGACCUUCUCUCAUCCAAUGUGAGCAUGAAAACCUCUUACCAACAAUAUCCCCUUCCACCGCAGUUCAAGAUGUGGUCAGGGCACAAAGAUAUUGAACAUGGUCUGCUCUACAAACAGUGCCUUGUGAAUUCCACAUCUGUUCAGACUGUAAAACCCAAGGAUGCCCACUACCCCGAAUCAAUGUCAACCCCAAGGAGCUCCUCACCAGGUUGGGAUCCAGUGUCGGUAAAACUUGAAGACACACAGAUGGCUCGGGGGGCUUGUGGACUUUGGCAAGCAUGGGUACAGUCUCAAGGGGGGCUCAUUGAAAGCUCCAGGGAGUGGUCGACCAUUUCCACAGUCAAAAACUGUCCCAUGCAGACAUUCCCCAAUGCAACAUUCCACGACCGGCAUGGGAAUGUUCUAAGCAAGAUGAUUAAUGACAGCACAAAGCCUUGCCUCUCUACAAAGUCAAACUCUUUCCAGUCCCUGAUCCAAAAGGAGCUCAAUGACAAGUUGGAUCUUGAACCAAACUAUAAAAAGCACUCAGGAGAAGCUGCAAAGAAACACAGUGACAGCCCUGCAGAAGAAAACCACAGCUUUAGAGCCACUGAUAGAUGUACAAAGGGACUGACAUCCCACAAAAUGGAAGUAAAGCUUUCAUCCACUGUGUCUUUGCCUUUCUCUGUUGAGUCAAUCCUGAAAAAACAUUCAGUUAUUCCCAACUAUGCCCAUCAAUAACAUGAACGAUCCUGGUCCUGUGGCUCAUGCUGUUCACUCCAUCACCAUUUAAC